AUGCUUAACCCUUUCUUUCCGGGGCCGCUGGGUGGCCAGUCCCCCGUGGGUUUCACCUUCAUCGAUGGGCAGUGCCCAAUGAGGUUGCAGAUCCGCAUGGCGAGUGGAGCUGUGGUUCUCCGCUGGAGUGACAGCAGUGGAGCGGACUCGUACUCUUUCCCCCUCUGCAUUAAGGGCCCGCGAAUUCCUCCUUGCAUGCCUUCGUCUCUUUCUACCCCUUCUGAAAGUCGUUCGCCAUUCCUCCUGGGACGACCGGACAUCUACCCUCCCCUCUUUUCCAUUGAGAAAAGCGAUCCCGAGAAGCUGAGCCCCGGAUACAUCUUUAUUACACCCUACGAGGUCGAUAAUCCCGGCCCGUAUAUCUUUGACAACGAUGGAGAGCUAGUAUGGAGCGGCUGGGGUACCUCGGGGCCCGGCAAUGCCCAUGGCAUGCACGUCUGCCAGUAUAAGGGCGCCGAUCACCUGUGCCUGUUUCAGGGCAACCAGCAGAAAGGAUACUGUCGCGGACAUGGCCUGAUCUUGGAUAACAGCUAUCGCAUCGUGCGGUCUGUACAGCCCGGUGGCGGAAUGGCCUCCAGCGACAUGCACGAGUUUCUUCCGAUUAACGACGGUAAAACCGCGCUCAUGACGGUCUACCAACAACGUCAAUUUGACAUGACGCCGUGGAACAUCAAGACCGGUGUUGGUUGGUUGAUGGAGAGUGUGUUCCAGGAAGUCGACGUGGAGACCAGCAAGGUGCUUUUUGAAUGGCGUUCGCUGGACCAUGUCGACCCGUCCAACAGUUACACAUGGCCGCGGCACACGGAUACCUCGGGAACGGGGUUGAACGUUCAUGAGCCGUGGGAUUAUUUCCAUAUCAACUCGAUCGACAAGAACAAGGAUGGCGACUACCUGAUCUCGUCGCGCCAUACGUGCGCCAUUUAUAAGAUUUCUGGAAAGGAUGGAUCUGUUGUUUGGCGACUGCAUGGGUCUCAGCCAACGUUCCGGAAUAUCAACUUUAGCUUCUCGCAGCAGCACGAUGCGCGCUGGUUGUUCGAGAACGCUACCCACUCGGUCGUUUCUCUUUAUAAUAACGGGUAUAAUGGCUUCAAUCAGACACACUCCUACUCCGGGGGUAUGAUCAUCCUCAUCGAUCAUGUGGAGAACACCGCUCUUCAGCUUCACGAUUACAAACCCCAUAUCAGUGACUUGGUCAGCUCGAGCCAAGGAAACUUGCAGCUCCUGCCGAACAAGAACGUUUUCAUGGGAUGGGGCAAUAACCCCUAUGUGUCCGAACAUGAUGAAGAAGGAAAUCUGGUGCUCUGGGCCCACGUCUCUGGCAACGACUUGAUGAACUACCGUGCCCAGAAGUUCGAGUGGGAGGGCAACCCCACGGAUUCCCCUGCUCUCUGGGCCUAUUCUCGAACCCCCGAACCUUUCUCUCCCACCACCUUCUACGUGAGCUGGAAUGGUGCCACUCGCGUCCAAAGUUGGCGCUUCUUCGGCGCCCAGAACAUGACUGGGCCCUGGACCUACUUGGACCAGGUCAACAAGACCGGCUUUGAGACCGAAUACACCAACGCCAGCUUCUAUGUCUGGACCCGAGCUGAGGCCGUCGAUAAGAACGGUGUUGUUUUGGGCAAGUCCGAGCAGAGGUAUACCUUCGUUCCAUCACCCGAGCUGCGCGACUUCUGUCAAGACGAAACAUGUCUUGAUGCGCCCGGAUUUGGAUUCCCGGGCGAGGAUCUCGCUGAACCUCUCAUCCCGCCUGCGGGCGUGAAUACCGUGCCGUGGGUUGAUCCAGAGCACGACGGUGCCAUCUGGACCUACCCUUCAGGCUUCCCUCAUACAACAGGUGCUAUGGUUUAUCCCGCGAAGUGGAGUACACGCACUCUUCUUAUUUGGGGUGUCGUUGCUCUUGCCUGUUGCCCAGCUCUUAUUGGAGUCUACUUCGUCUAUCGCCGUCAUCAACGGCGUCAACUACAACGGCUGGACCGGUUGGAUGGCGAUGCAGAUGCGGACUCAUCGGAGCCGCUGAACGGGUUCUCCGAGCGGAAAUCUCCACUGGAAACAGCCGCUCUUCCCUGGUGGAAUUGGCGGCGGUGGACCACCGCAGCUGAGACGCAUUAUUUCCCGCUCGUAGAUCGCAGUCCACUGGGGCGCGAACGCGAGCGUGAGCGGAGUGAAUAG